AUGGGACUAAGCCAAUUUGAAAAAAAAAAUAAAGCAUCAGAUUCUUCUAACUCAGAUUUUAUUUUAUCAGAUGAAAUUUAUUCUUCAGAUUCUGAUGUUGAUAUUAUUCACAUUGAUGCUGAAGUAGCUAUAAAACAAGGAAAAAGAAAUAAUCCUGAAAAUAAAAUUGGAAUACCACAAACCACCAAAUACAGAAAAUAUGGAUCAUCUGAUGAAAUAAGCAACAAUGAAAAAGAUAUGAAUGAAUCAGAUGAAUUCAGUGAUGAUAUAAAUAAUAAAGAGAUAGAUGAUCUUGAAAAAGAUAAUAAUAUUGCAAAUGAAAUUAAUGAUGGUAUUCUGGACAUUAAUGUAAAUAUUAAUCAUAGUGAUUUAGACAAUUUUGGUAGUUCUUCUGGAGAAGAGAAUAUAGGUCUUAUAAAUAAAAUCAAUCUGGAUAAACUUGAAAAUAUUUUAAAGAAUAAAAAAUUGCCUGCAAGUGAAUAUUUUCAAUAUUUAGUUAUUUAUAAAUAUUUUGUUAACUUAAAUAAAGAUUUAG